AUGCAUCCCAUGACCAUGUUCCGAUGUUCCUUGUUCGCACACCCAAGUGUCGAAAAUGGCUGCCUGAACGUCAAAAUUCAUCGGCAACAGAACACACGCGACUGCGCAAACACCGACAAGAAGUCUGGCGACCAAACAGCCUCGCGUCUCGUCACGCCAGCCAUGGGAGAGAAACUUGAAGCUGACCAUCCAAGCUUCCAUCUCGCGCGCCAGAGUCUUGCCAAAGGCUUCACGCACGGUUAUGCUCAGUCAGUCGUUGCUGGUGUAAGCCAGAACAACCCUCUUGCCACACUACAACACGACCGCUUCCGCAAAGGCCUCAAGAACCAACAUGCCUUUGCUUCUACAUCGACCACCAGUGCUCUCAAGGCCCUUGCCGCAAGCGCACACGACCACCAAGACUCCGGUCUAGCCGCCUACUACUCAGCAUGGCAGAAGACACAGCGGACCGAGGACAAGGAAUGGUCGCAAUUCCAGUUCCGCAAGCUGAUUGAAUGGGAUCCCGCCGGCUCCAAGGCCGCCGUCGAGGCAAAGGAGAAUAGCACGGCAAUCGAAGAGGUGGCUGAUCCUGUUCGUGCCCGUGCCACGGUCAACCGUGCAUACAGCACAAGCCAAGUAGAUGAUUUCAGGAACGCCAUCAACAGCGAAGAAGCGGAAAAAAUUGCCCUCGCUCAGGUGGACGAGGCAAUUGCGCAAGGGGCGGCCAAGGCAAAACUCCACGUUGACACAGAAGCUGUCCAGGCAGCGGAGGAGGAGCCUGCAGCCGUCCAAGAAGCCCAGCCCGAGUCACCGGCUACCGUUGCCGAUACUCUUGUCAACUCUACCACUCUCACCCGCACAGACUCGACAUGGACGGCUUCUCCAAUCGAAGCACACGAUGAAUACACAGUACAGCUUCAGAGACUGGCUGAGAACCGCCAGUAUGCUGAAGUGCCAGCCAUCUUCGAGGCCAUGCUGCGAGCUGGUCUCAAGCCAUCGGUCGCUGCGUACAAUGUUCUUCUCUCCGCCGCCAUCCAUCUCCCACGCGCAAAGCAUCAGGUCGUUCCCAAGGCCUUGGACGUCUACUCUGACAUGCUUCGUCGACGAGUGACUCCCGACACCGCCACAUAUACCGCUCUCAUCGAGCUCCUCUCCGUGCGGUCGUUAGAAGUCAUCUCGAUGAAGCAGUAUUAUGAAGAGAAGCGUCUGAGGUACGGCGGAAUGGAAGAGGACGGCAGGUUCAUGCUUCAGUCAAACGAGACUGAUUACGCGAUCCUGGCCGAAGACGGCUCCCUCUCGGUAGCUGUCAAGCUCUUCGAUGCUGCAAUCAACGUCGAGGCUGGUCGCAACUUUUCUGAGAAGACCUACCGCCUACUCGUCACGGCUUGCGCCGAGGGCGAUCGCGUAGAAGACAUGGUCCGAAUCUACUCCCAUAUGGAGGCCCGCAAAGUCACCCCCAUUGCGGACAUGUUUGUUCCCAUGAUUCAGGCCUUUGGAAAGUCGGGCGAUUUGAGCAGUGCGGUCGAGUGCUAUGACGAGUACAAGGCCAUUGCCGUUGCCAGUGACCACGGCCUGGUGGAGAUUGCAAGAAAGGACAACGAUGUGUAUGCGGCCCUCGUGCGAGCAUACGCCAUCUGCGGACGUUUUGCUGGAGGCCAGAGGUUUCUCUCCAAAAUCGAGAGCACACUCGCCGCUCCCGAAGACGUCACUUCAGUACGCGAUAUUGUCACUCUAAAGGGUCUCCUGCCAGAAUGGCUGAAAAGCGGUUCCUUUCAGGACGCCUACGUACACGCCAAUGAGCAGCUCAGCCCACAAGCUCGACAGAUCGCCAUGGCUGCCAUCUGCAUCAAGGCUGCGGAUCGCGAUGCUAUUCAGGUUGCCACGGAUGCUUUUGAGAAUCUGCCUGCCGAGGUGGACCUGUCCCGGCCUGCCAUGGCCAUGGCAGCUAUGCACAUCCGCAAUGGAAACAUUGAGGCUGCAGAGGUCUUCUGGAGGAUGCUCGAGCUAUCGCCGACAAAGCCAGACUUUAUUGAGCCCACCUCUAUGCACACCAUUGCCUUGAUAGGCAGUGGCCAAGCUGAGCGUGGACUUCGUCAAGGCCGCCAAAUGUUUGCUCGUAUCCGCGACUCUCAGUCCAGCUCUAACCAAGCUAAGAUGGAGAUUGUUGAGCAGAUUGACGAGGCGAUCGAGGUCAUGGGUCACUUCAUGAUGAAGCGUGGCAUUUUCCUGCCGGCCCGGUCUAGCAUGGAACUGUUCUGGACCAUGAUUGAGAACGGUGGCCUGGUUACUCCCGUCGCUCACCAUUUGCUCGCCGGUAUGGGACCUGAAGCCAUUGCCCAGCUCAGUUUCGAGGACAUUACACUUCUUAUGCAGGUGCAGUCUGGUAUCAUUCUUCAGGGAACUGAAGUCGAUGUUGCUCAUGCUGCGCGCUUCGCGCACCUGCUCGAGGUCAUUACGGCAAUUGGCUUACCUGUCAACAAGACCACCGCUAGUCUUGUGGAGAAGGUCCUCUCUCAGCUUGAUAGGGGCGACCUUCAACACAGGUGGUACAGCUACAAGCACCCUGCACCCGAAUCUCUCUACUCGCCUGCGCCAUUUGGAGCUUACCCUGUCCAAGCACCAGUACAGCCUGCGGUUCCUACGUUUGAAGACCAGUACGACCCUUAUGCCGCCACCACUGAUAACAAAGGCUCUGUCGCCAUCACCGAAUUGCUCGAAAAGACCCAUGGACGACCAGCAUCACACCUGAAUGAGGCUUUGAUGAAAUUCAGGAACAUGCGUCGAGCAGGCCGCCACCCUCGAUUCUUCACGUACGCCAAGCUCAUCACUGCUGCUGCAAAGGAAGACCGCCUGACUCUUGUUCACGACAUCCUCAACCUCGCCAAACAAGACGUCCCUCUGCUGCCACAGUACCGCAUCGUUCAUCAUGGCUGGGUCACUAUUCUGGAUGCCAUGGUCGCAGCCUGCCUUACCUGUGGUCAGCGCGAUCUGGCUGCUCGUUAUCAUCAGGAUUUGCUCGAUAUGGGCGCUGCUCCUACCGCCAACACCUUUGGUCUUUACAUCACUACUCUAAAGGAGUCAACAAAAACCUUUGACGAAGCUACCGAAGCUGUCAAGAUCUUCCUUCGCGCCAAGUCUGAGGGUGUUGAGCCAUCGUCUUUUCUGUACAAUGCUCUCAUUGGUAAGCUGGGCAAAGCUCGUCGCAUCGAUGAUUGCUUGUUCUACUUCUCCGAGAUGCGUAGCCUUGGUAUCCGGCCCACUUCUGUCACCUAUGGUACCAUUGUCAACGCUCUCUGCCGUGUCAGCGACGAGAAAUUUGCGGAAGAACUUUUCGAGGAGAUGGAGAGCAUGCCCAACUACAAACCUCGUCCUGCGCCUUACCACAGCAUGAUGCAGUUCUUCCUCACGACCAAGCGCGACCGUAGCAAGGUUCUCAGCUACUACGAACGCAUGCGUGCGAAGCGUAUUGAGCCCACCACGCACACCUACAAACUUCUGAUUGACACCCACGCCACUCUCGAGCCCGUCGACAUGGAAUCAGCCGAGAAGGUCUUGGAGCAGGUCCGCAACGCGGGUGCCGUACCCGAGGCUGUUCACUACUCUUCCCUUAUUCAUGCCAAGGGCUGUGUUAUGCACGACAUGGAAGGUGCUCGUGUCCUCUUCGACACUGUUCUUGCCGACACCCGGAUCCGUCCUCAGGCCUGCCUCUACCAGGCGCUAUUCGAAGCCAUGGUCGCCAACCACCAAAUCGCAGACACCGAAGUCGUUCUCCAGGACAUGCGCGCCCGCAAUGUCGAGAUGACUCCUUACAUUGCCAACUCGCUCAUUCAUGGUUGGGCUCUUGCUCAUGACAUCCAGAAGGCGAAAGCCAUCUAUGAGUCUGUCCCUGAGAGUAAGCGCGAGCCCAGCACCUACGAGGCCAUGACACGUGCGUACAUGGCUGUUGAGGAUCGCGCUGCCGCCAUGUCUGUUGUCGACGAGGGCCUUUCACGAGGUUACCCUGCGGCUGUCGCCGGCAAGAUUCUUGAACUUGUCGGAGGUGGCAGGGUGUCUGUACCAGCCGAAUUUGUUGCGUAA